AUGCAGCUUGGACUGUUUGUGGUGGUGGUUUUUCUAAGCUCGAUGGAUCUAACAGGCAGCAGCAAAGUGGUGAAGGGCAAGAGGCAAAGACGAAUUAGCACCGAGCUGAGUCAGGGCUGUGCCAGAGGCUGCGACCUGUGCUCCGAGUUCAAUGGGUGCCUGAGAUGUUCCCCCAAACUCUUCAUCCUUCUGGAGAGGAAUGAUAUCCGGCAAAUAGGGAUUUGCCUACCAUCUUGUCCACUGGGAUACUUUGGCCUUCGCAAUACAGACAUGAACAAGUGCAUCAAAUGCAAAAUUGAGAACUGUGAGUCCUGUUUCAGUCGAAAUUUUUGCACAAAAUGUAAGGAAGGUUUGUAUUUGCACAAAGGGAGAUGUUACGUCACAUGCCCCGACGGCUACUCUGCUGCCAACGGCACCAUGGAGUGCAGCAGUCCUGCACAAUGUGAAAUGAGUGAGUGGGGGCCCUGGGGGCCCUGCUCCAAAAAGAGGAAGCUGUGUGGCUUCAAGAAGGGCAACGAAGACCGAACGCGGCGGAUUCUGCAGGCCCCCUCCGGAGAUGUGUCCCUGUGUCCUGCCACCACGGAGGUGCGGCGAUGCACCGUGCAGAAGAACCAGUGCCCCGAAGGGAAAAGGAAGAAAAAGGAAGAGCAAGGAAAGCAAGAUAAUGCGAAUGGGAACAGAAAUCGGAAAGACACCAAAGACGCCAAGUCUGGCACCAAGAAGAGGAAGAGCAGACAGAGAGGGGCCGUGGUCCCCGUGACAUCCGCUAGCCCUGCCCAGUAG